GGUGGGGAGGGAACGCGCUGGGAAUGCGGAAUCCCAGUGGGGACUGUGUUUCGUUGUGGUGUUCGGUGGUUUCUGGUUCUGAAACCUCCGGCACCCGGGGUAGGCACAUUGGAGCUAAGAGCUCACUGCCGCGACGAACUGCGAGGACCUGAGGCUGUCCUCCGGCCCCCAGCCGCCCGCCAGUCCUUCUGCCUCGCCAGUCUUCCCGUCCGGUCAUGACGAGAUUCUGGGUCUGCGUAGCCGGCGCUGGCUUCUUCCUAGCGCUUCUGGUUUUGCAUUCGCGGUUCUGUGCCUCUCGGCUCCCACCACAUCUGCACUUGGCUUUUAAAGUUUUCUGGAGAGCUGAGGAGAUUCUUUACCGGCUGGAUGUGGAUUGGCCGAAGUAUUCAGAAUACUUCACUGGAGCAACAUUUUGUGUUGGAGUUGACUCCCUCAACGGAUUGGUUUAUGUAGCCCAGAGAGGGGAUAACAUCCCAAAGGUAUUAGUGUUCACAGAGGAUGGAUAUUUCCUACGAGCCUGGAAUUAUACAGUUGACACACCUCAUGGUAUAUUUGCAGCCAGUACACCACAGGAAAAAUCCGUCUGGAUCACGGAUGUAGGAAGUGGAUUCUAUGGUCAUACUAUUAAAAAAUACAAUUCCUUUGGCGAUCUUGUUCAAGUUUUGGGGACCCCAGGCAAAAAAGGCACUGGUUUGAACCCCCUGCAGUUCGAUAACCCUGCGGAAUUACACGUAGAAGACACAGGAGAUAUUUACAUUGUGGAUGGAGAUGGAGGGUUGAAUAACAGGUUGAUCAAAUUGUCCCAAGAUUUCAUGAUCCUUUGGCUGCAUGGAGAAAAUGGAACAGGGCCUGCUAAGUUCAACAUACCCCACAGUGUUACAGUGGAUUCCACUGGUCGGGUGUGGGUGGCUGACCGAGGCAAUAAAAGACUUCAAGUGUUUGAUAAAGACACUGGGGACUGGUUAGGAGAGUGGAAUAACUGUUUCUCAGAAGAGGGGCCUUCUGCAGUCAGGUUUACUCCUGAUGGGAAAUAUGUGGUCGUGGCCCAGCUGAAUCUGAGCCAGCUCUUAAUCCUGGCGGCGCCCCCGGUAGGAAACAUCGGCCACUGCUCUGUGGUCAGCACAAUCCAGCUGGCUGAUCAGGUCUCCCCGCAUCUCUUAGAAGUCAGCAGGGAGACCGGAGCCAUCUACGUAGCUGAAAUCGGUGCAAAGCAAGUGCAAAAAUACAUCCCCGUGAAUAGGUAUUUCUCUUGAUUCAGUUCAUAACUGUUGGUUUCUUUUUCUUGAGGUUUUUCAGUUGGAAGUUCAGAUCCUCAGAUUCUCAAAUUUGCUGUUAAAUACUCUCAACUUAUGUUGAGGCACAAGGAUUUGUUUCUUUAUUUUUGCCUGACCCCGUGUCAGAGAGAUACAUGUUUUUAUAUUGAUCUGAACCAGGUUGUGGGGCAUUCUUGUGACUUAGUUCCACUUGCGAGUGUACAAGGAUGUUUUAAAGAAAUAUGAAGAAUAGGAUGGGAAAGAGGGACUAAGGUGAUAACCCAGUAAUUUGCCCUCUAGACUCAUUUGCUCUGGAGGGGAAGCAGAGAAAUUAACAUGGGUUUGCAGCGUAAUUUAUUGAAUUUCAUAUAAGCAGCGCAAACUUUCUCUUUAUUUGCGUCAUAAACAACGAACUGCUUGAGAGAUGGGAUCUUGAUUAAUGAGAACCCACAGGGCGCCGGGCCCUGAAGACGCAGACGUGAAGAGGCAGGGUGGCCUGCGUGCCUCUGAGUAGCUUACAGCCCACACGGCCUGGUGACGGUGGCACAUGUGUGAUUGGACUUCAGGAAGGAGGAACCACAGGUCUGCAUUCAGGAGUCUCUGCAGGGGAAUCAGUUUCAGCUCCAACUUGAAAAACUGAGGAGGAGAAAACCAUGUGGUUUGGGUAGAGAAGUUAUGAAAAAUUGCACCCUUGCUGUGAACCUCAGCAGCCUUUUUUUUUAAAGGCCCAACUUGGCUUUGGUUGUUUAGCUCAGGGGUCCCCAACCUUUGGGCCGUGGGCAGGUUGGUACCGCCUGUCAGAUCAGCAGCGGCGUUAGAUUAGAAAUAAAGUGCACAAAUGAAGGAAUGCACUUGAAUCACCCCGAAACCAUCCUCUCUUCCACCCGGUCUGUGGAACAAUUGUCUUCCACGAAACUGGUCCCUGGUGCCAAAAAGGUUGGGGACUGCUGCUUUAGCUCUAAGAUGCUUAAUCUCAAUCCUUAAACACUGGAAUAAAGUGGCUGGUGUCUAAGCCCUUUACCAAAAGGGAUCUUAAAAAUACUAGAAUGUUUUUAAAGGUAGCAAGAAAAAUAGGUCUUCUUAGUGCCUCUUUUCUUUUUUCCUUUUUCUUUUUUUUUUACAUGAACUCCGUCCACUCCUAACUUUUGUCUACCUCAAAGAAGUUUUAGACUUAUCUAUAUGAGGGUGUGUGCCAAACACUUGGAGCUAUUUAGAUGAAUAAUUUUCUGCUUUUUUUCUUUCUGCAUCUUUUUUUAACCCGUUUGUUCUGAAUAUUAGCCUCCCAGUUAAGACCAUUUUUUCAGUUUGUUCUAGUUUAUUCUCGGGUUGGAAGGAAACUUGCCAUAUUACAGUCUCUUUCACAUCAUUCUUUGCCUUUUCUCAUAUCAUUCUCCCUCUUUAUCCUAAUCAUGUGUCAUGUGUGUUAGUCACCCAGUCAUGUCCAACUCUUUGUGACCCCAUGGACUGUAGCCCACCAGGUUCCUCUGUCCAUGGGAUUCUCCAGGCAAGUUGCCAUUCCCUUCUCCAGGGGAUCUUUCCAACCCAGGGAUUGAGCCCAGGUCUCCUGCAUUGCAGGCAGAUUCUUCACUGUCUGAGCCACCAGGGAAGCCUCUUUAUCCCAGUAAUCUCCCAACGGAACUCUGUCCUGUGCUCCAAGGCCAUUCAUAAGUGUGCUUGUGCCACUGAUUAAGCUGUGUGACCUGGACGAGUCACUUUCAUUUUCUCUUCAGUAAAACUGGGCUGUCAUUGUGUCUCCUCCUUCAGGAAGGCUGUGAGGUUCAGAUGUGCAGUAGUGAGGGUUACAUGUGCAAUAGGUACAGAUGUGCCCUUUGGAUUCUGUAGUUCCAAGUGCAUUGAAGGCAUCUUAUUAGAAAAGGUCCUUCUAAGUGUGCUGUUUACCUGAUACCAGCUGUCAGUUCUGCCUUAAGUUUGCAUUUAUCAAAAUGUCAUAAAUUUAUGCAGUUAGCCAAAUAAUAAAUAUACUUUGAAGAGAAAUAGUUUGAGGUUUUGUUUGUUUUGCUUUCAAGUCAGCUCAAGAAGUGCAAAUGUCUCUUUGAAGGAAUAUAGGUUAGAUUUUUGUCAUUUCAAAAAUGUGGUGUUUAACUUUGUUUUAUGCCAGAUUCUUAUACAACCUGCCGAAAGUAUUAUUUCCAUGGACCUUGCUAAAACUGUUUAUUAGCAUACUUGUAAUCCUGGUAUUUCACCUUUUUUCUCUGGAUUAAUUGGUUAAAUUAAUUGAGAAAUGCGUUGUAUCUUCUGUUAAAUAAAAAUAUUGCAAAGAAAA